AGUGAAAUAAAGAAAACAUCAGGGUGCGCUUGUGCAUUAUUAAAGCAUUGCGAAAAUUGUGUCGAUAAUAAUACUUAUAAUAACUAAUAAUAAUGAGCACGUUUUAUGCGGUAAAAAAGGGUUGCUAUAAUAAAAUAACACAAUCUCAAUAUGGAGCACAGGAGGAUUCCUGCUAACCAGUAUCUUUUAUCAUUUAAUCUCUCAUUAUAUUGUGUUUUUAAAAUCAUUAUAAUGUCUUUUAAAUGUCUGAACGGAUCUAAAUAAUGUAAAAGAUUUGGUACAGGGACAGAGGGAAACAUCCCAAUCUGCUCCUUAUAGUAAAUAUAGGCCACUACAUACAUAGUAAGAAGCCGUUAUUUUGCGUCCUAAGUAGUGCACUAGUGUAGUACACAAUGUGUGAUUUGGAAUUCAGCCCACAUGCCUUGUCUACCAUUGUGUGUUUUUGGCGCGCUGUGGCCUGUACUGUGUGUAUGUGUGUAUAUGUGUGUAUGAGUGUGUAGGGACGCGUGUGGAGUGCUGUUGCCUUUGAGCGCACCGAAGAAGGACCUCUGUGGGUGACGUGUGUCCCAGGUUAAAACGGCAGUAACAACACCGGACCCAUUUGGCUUGCUUUGAAACAGGACCACAGGGGGAUCCUUUCCCUUCCUUGCUCAAUCUCUCAAAAGGCAUUUGAAGCAGUCAUGGGAAAGAAGAACCAAAACCGUGAAGACGACGAGUCUGCGUCCUCAGACGAAGAAGAAUACGUGGUGGAGAAGGUCCUGGACAGGAGGGUUGUAAAGGGCAGAGUCGAGUACUUUCUUAAAUGGAAAGGUUUUACAGAUAAACACAACACCUGGGAACCAGAGAAAAAUCUCGACUGUCCAGACCUCAUUUCCGAGUUCAUGAAGACAUACAAAAAGGGCGGCAGCGGUACAAGCACUCCGAGCAGCGCGACCAAAACAUCCAGCUCAACUCCCGCUCGCGCCAAAGAGACUGGCAGCAAGAGAAGAAACUCUGACGAGGAAGAGGAGGGUGGCAGCAAACAGAAGCGGAAAAAAGAUGAUGAGAUCCUGGUUGCCAGAGGUUUCGAGAGAGGCCUGGAGCCAGAGAAGAUCAUCGGUGCCACUGACUCAUGUGGGGAUCUUAUGUUCUUAAUGAAGUGGAAAGACUCGGACGAGGCGGACCUCGUGCUGGCAAAGGAGGCCAAUCACAAGUGUCCUCAGAUCGUCAUCGCGUUCUACGAGGAGCGUCUCACUUGGCACGAGGACGGCGAGAAGAAGGAAAAGGGUGCUGUGGCUGUGUAAGCGUGCAGUCCCGCCCCCCCCUCCUAGAGACAGACGCGAGUGCACUCACAAUCCGUCCUUGGUUCCGGACCAUUUUACUACCGCCACUGGCCUCCGGGCAUCAGAGGUCACAUCCCUCCUUCUUUUAGUCACCUUUCAUCUCCCAUCUAAACGGCAACUCUGUCAAACACUGUCUCGAGUAUUGAGGGAUGAGCGAGUUAUUGAGAACUAUGCCAAGAGCUUGGGGAAUGGAAGAUGUUAGACUGAUGGAGUCACACGGAGUUUUUUUUUUUUUUUUUUUUUACAAAAACACCCUGUUAUUCUUGCAGAACCACACUUUUUCUCUCAAUCUUUUUUUUCAUAGUUUGUGUUUGUAUGCGAAUGAUGUUUUUUUUUCCUCCUCUGUGUGUGUUGACUCGAUAGUUUAGGUUUCAUACAGCAGUUGGUGAAAUGUAUUGAGACGGCUGAUAUUUUUGAAAGUGUUUUAUCAAAAAAAUGUUGUUCCUUAUCUGCAGUGCUGGAUUAGUCACCCCGUAAUUUUUUGUUUUUAUUUUUAAAUCUUUUUAAUUCUUUCUAAUGAAUCCAUCUUUGAUUCUGGUGUAUUCCUCAUAUCAAUAUAUAUUUUUUCCCCCCCUCACUCAGUGAAUAUCCUGAGAAUGCAUAGGACUACCUUGACUGGUAAAUUUUGCAAAUGUGGAACCGUGUGAAGUAUUGCAUCCAUUUAAAAAAAAAAAAACCCAGAACAUUUAUUCCCAAUUAAUUUUUAGCUAGAACUUGACACAAACUGCACAUGCCCAGGUUUUUUAAACGAUGUGCUUGUCGCAACUGCUUGCGCUCAGACCGACGUAUGGGGACAAUCAUCAUUUCUGUUAUUGCCAUUGUUAUUACUGUUAACAAACACCCCCAACACUCACACACCUACUUUUUUCCUUACUUUUUCUUUUUUCUUUGCUCUUGUGAGGCUAUGCACCUGUGAUGUACAAACUGAAGUGCUCCACCUUGUGGCCAUCUGCUGAGCAUUUGUUUUAUCUCGGAGCCACCAGUUUUAAUCAUAACAGGUCGUUGGGGUUACGGACUUUAAUUCCAACCAGUUUAGAAGUCACACCUUAUAGCCUCUAAGGUGUUCCCAGCAUUCAGAGCGAACACUUUUGUGGAUAAAGUCAAUAAAGGCCCCCUAACAUAGGCUGUGACCAUGUUACUGUUUGCCACUUCCAUCCCCACCAAUUCAAUUCUCCUUCAAAGUUUAAAACAGGAAGUCAGUCGAAGCUGAAUCCUGUCCCUCGCUGGGUUAUGAGCUCAGGUGUGAAAUUCUGUGUUUUGUAGAGCCACUGGACAAAUAAAUUCAACCCAAUAAACUUCCUUUGACUUUCAUUGACCCGACAGAGCUACUGAUUCUUAAUGAAAGCCAACCAGUAUUUCAUGGCAUGAAUUUAGUCCGGUGAGAAGAAUCGAAAGGUUUUAAGAUUUUAGUUUUUCCUCUCCGGAGUAGGUGAAAAAGCGAAGAGGCUUCAUCAGAUGUGCGAUGGACUGCUACGCUUCGAGAUACUGUAAUGACCAUUUUUGUGUGUAUACUUUAAAUCCCAGAUAGAAAAGAAUGUUUCUUUCCUCUUUUGGUCUCAUGUUUUCAAAGUCCCCUUGCAUUUUAUCCAUCAUGUGUUUUUUCAGAAUACAAUUUUGAUGUCUUUUACCUAGAAAUUUUUUUAAAUGUCUUGUAUCAAAUUGUAGUAAACCUAGUUUUCCACACGAAUUUGAUAGUUUUUUCCUUUUCAAAACUACAAACCGAGGUGUUUUUGAUUUGAUAGUUUAAAGACAGACUAUUACAAACUGUGUUUGCAUGGAUACAGGUGAAAUAUUUCUUUUUGUUUGUUUGGUUUAUGAACACAGGCCUAACUUUUCCAGCAGAUGGUGCUAUUCGGCUACGGUCUUGUAUACAAGUUUCAAUGCAGCCCAUAUCAAACAAGUGUUGGAUGUUAUUUGUUUUGUUUUAUUGAUUACUUCUGUCGGUGUAGAAAACUUUAAAUUUUCCUAUAAAAGAAAGAACACUGAGCAACAAAAAGACAAAAAAAAAAAAGAAACACCACUUUGAUUAUGUACAUGCAAGGACCAAAAAGAUGUUUGAGAAGUUUUUCUUUUUUUCUUUUUUUUUCUUUUCGUUUUCCUCCAUGGACACAUUUCUUGGAGUUGUUUUACACACGUUCUGCUCACACGCACAUGUAUACACAGGCAGUAUCUAUACACCAUGACUUAGUAGUACAACAUUUGACAUUUUGUCUUUAAUAUAUUCCUUAUGGUGGCUAUUCUUGAUAUUCUUGGAGAGCGUUUUAUAAAUUAGCCCACACACUGCUUACAUGUGAACUCUCUUUCUCACAGCUGUGUUUGUAAGUGUAGAAUGUUGCUGCGGACAUUCAGUCAAAACUGUCAAAUCAAAAUAAAGAAAUUAUAAAUAAGA